AUGGUGCUCCUCGUGCGAUUCAGCCUUUUGGCUGGACUCUGUGCCGUGUUGCCAGCAGCAGUGAGGGGUUCGUUGCCUAUCUUCAAUGGACUCGAGCCACAACCACAGAGUGGCUCGCGUCAUGAGACAAUCGCAAGGCGCGAUCUCGGUCUCGACGACUUUCUCGAGAAAGGCCGCAUGAUGAACUGCCUUAUGCAAUCCACCCAGGAAGACGCCGAUAGAGCCUAUCCAGGAAAGGCACAUUCAAGAAAUAACGACUUCGCCGCGAUAGCCGAGUCGGGUUGGUUCUACGAUGACGACUACAGUCCGGCCAUCGCCAACGAACACUAUGCAGAUGCGUACCAGGACCUUGGCCUUGAGGCUGGAGAUUUUAAGGGUGUCUCGUUGAAAUGGCGAAGUGCCAAAGCUUCUCGACCUCGAAAGAUCCUUGAUCUCCGCACUUUGCGCGGGUCCAACAUCUACAUGGCAUGCGUGAAAUGUGGUAUUAUCUUGUGGGGAGAAUACGACAACGCAUUCGCGACGCGUGCGAUUAUCGCAGCCCACAACACCAGCCCCCAGGCACAGGCUGAGGAAGACGACAUCGACAGAAGCGUCUAUCUCCCUCACAUGCCGGCCUUCUAUAACUGGGCGGACAUGAUCUUCCUCGAGUAUAGAAACGACGCCGAGUCGUCAGGGGGCACCGUGCGCGCCCUCGAGCACGUCUUCCGCCACAACAUUAGGAACGGGGAUACGGCGAGGUGCAUGCAGGAAGCAUACGAGGUGGCCGGGGUCGAUGAACCGGAAUCGUGGGGGGAGCGUCUUGUCCUGACCCCGCCGCGAGCAGGUGAGGAAGAGACGGCAUUACACAGGGCGUUCUUCUCAAUGCUAUAUACACCAAACCUACGAGGCAUCUGCUGGAUGCUUGCCCAGCGCAAAGGCGAGAUGGGUGUCAAGUUCAUCGACAAGAUUGCGCUCUGGGAUAAUUUGGGACUUCCUCAGAUUUACGUCCACAUUGCGCCUUGGAACCCACCGGCUAGUUGA